GCUGGAUUAGAGACCAGAGACAAGAUGGAGGGACAAUGCCCAGCAGAUGCAGGAGUUGGAAAAGAUCCUCCAACUACUCAGCCUUGGAGCUGUGGGAAGAAUGGGGCAAGUCAUGGGCAGAAGAGCCAAGAAGAGGAAGCCAACAGUUCAGAGAUCCAAUAUGGCCACUUCAGAAAAGUGCAGUUCCAGGAGGGGAAGAGUCCCCGAGAUGUUUGCAGUCAGCUUCACCGCCUUUGCUGUCAAUGGCUACAGCCAGAAAGACACACAAAGGCUCAGAUGCUGGACCUGGUGCUCCUGGAUCAGUUCCUGGCUGUCCUUCCCCCAGAGAUGGAGCAAUGGGUACAGGAGUGUGGAGUAGAGACCAGUUCCCAGGCAGUGGCCCUGGCCGAAGGCUUCUUGCUGAACGAGGAGAAGGAAAAGAUGCAAGAAGAGUUGCAGAAAUCCUUGGAAGCUAUGACUCAGUAUCCCAAGGAGAGGAAAGAUUCAUUCAGGUAUUCCCAAGAGCUUGUCUUCAGGGAGAAUUUACACAAAGAUCAAAGUCACGACACCAAACCAGAGAGUAGAAAGCCGUCCUUGGAAAUUUUAGAAUAUCCUCCUCUCCGUGGUGGGACUGAAGGAUUGGCUCAACCACUACUUCAGGAUAUCAUUUCUUUUGAGGACGUGGCUGUGUAUUUCUCCAAGGAGGAGUGGUCUCAGCUGGACCCUGCCCAAAAAGUUCUCCAUGGAGAAGUCAUGCUGGAGAAUUCCAGGAAUCUGUCUUCUCUGGGCUUUAAUGGGCAAGAGAAUAAGAAUUGCAAUGAGGAAUGCCAAGCCAUCCAUCUGAAAAAGGAAAAGAGGAAAUUUGCAGAUCAAAUGCAAUUAAAGAAUGAUGAAAUAAAGCAAUCACAAAGUGGAAUUAAAAAAGGUUUUCCUCAGGUCAGUUGGCUUCCUAACCAUAGAAACAUCGAUACGGGAGAAAGACCAUAUCAAUGCAUGGAUUCUGGAAAGAGCUUUAAUAAAUCUGAUAAUCUUAUUUCUUAUGAAAAGACACAUUCAGAAGACAAGCCAUAUACCUGCAAAGAGUUUGGAAAGACCUUCUGUAAUAAUGACUCUCUUAGAACUUGCGAAAGGAAUCACAAAGGAGAACAACUUUACAAAUGCAUGGAGUGUGGAAAGAGCUUUAUUCAUAAGGAUAAUCUUAAUUCUCAUAAGAGGAUCCACACAGGCAAGAAACCAUAUCAGUGCAUGGAGUGUGAAAAGAGAUUUAGUACAAAAUAUGCUCUGACUCACCAUAAAACUAUCCAUACAGUGGAGAAGGCGUAUCAAUGUAUGGAGUGCAGAAAAACCUUCUGUUAUUAUUACUCUCUUGUAAGACAUCAGAGGAGUCACAAAGGAGAAAGACCUUAUAAAUGCACAGAGUGUGGAGAGACCUUUACUUGUAGCAUUAAUCUUAAUUCCCACAAGAGGAUCCACCCAGGACAGAAGCCAUAUCAAUGUAAGGAGUCUGGAAAGAGCUUUACUCAUAGAAGUCAUCUUAAUUCUCAAAAGAGGAUCCACACAGGAGAGAAACCAUAUCAAUGCAUGGAGUGUGGAAAGACCUUCUGUUAUAAUCAUUCUCUUAUAAGACAUCAAAGAAGUCACAAAGGAGAAAGACCUUUUAAAUGCAUGGAUUGUGGAAAGACCUUUACUUAUAGCAGUAAUCUUAAUUCCCACAAAAGAAUCCACACAGGAGAGAAGCCAUAUCAAUGCAUGGUAUGUGGAAAGACCUUUACUUGUAGCAGUAGUCUUAAUUCCCACAAGAGGAUCCACACAGGAGAGAAGCCAUAUAAAUGCAUGGAAUGUGGAAAGACCUUUACUCAUAGCAGUCAUCUUAAUUCCCACAAGAGGAUCCACACAGGAGAGAAGCCAUAUAAAUGCAUGGAAUGUGGAAAGACCUUUACUUUUAGCAGUAGUCUUAAUUCCCACAAGAGGAUCCACACAGGAGAGAAGCCAUAUAAAUGCAUGGAGUGUGGAAAGACCUUUACUUGUAGCAGUGGUCUUAAUUCCCACAAGAGGAUCCACACAGGAGAGAAGCCAUAUAAAUGCAUGGAAUGUGGAAAGACCUUUACUUUUAGCAGUAGGCUUAAUUCCCACAAGGGGAUCCACACAGGAGAGAAGCCAUAUAAAUGCAUGGAGUGUGGAAAGACUUUUACUCGUAUCAGUCGUCUUAAUUGCCACAAGAGGAUCCACACAGGAGAGAAGCCAUAUAAAUGCAUGGAGUGUGGAAAGACCUUUACUUGUAGCAAUAGUCUUAAUUCUCACAAGAGGAUCCACACAUCACUGCGCCACCUUGGCUCGAGUGAAGCCAUUGUGAAGCCAUUUCAAUGCAUGGAAUGUGGAAAGAGCUUGAGUAGUAAAUAUGCUCUGAUUUACCAUAAAAGCAUCCAUACAGAGGAAAAGCCAUAUCAAUGCAUGGAGUGUGGAAAGACCUUUACUUGUAGCAUUAAUCUUACCUCCCAGAAAAGGAUCCACACAGGAGAAAGAUCUUAUGAAAGCGUGGAGUGUGGAAAGACUUUUACUUGCAGCAGUAAUCUUACUUCCCACAAAAGGAUCCACACAGGAGAAAGACCAUAUCAAUGCAUAGAGUGUGGAAAGAUCCUUACUAGAAGCAGUAGUCUUAAUUCCCACAAAAGGAUCCACACAGAUAAGAGGCCAUUUAAAUGUGUACACUGUGGAGAAGGCUUUAGGAGUUGUGAUCUCACUUCCCAUAAGAGGAUCCAUAUGGAGGGGAAAGCCAUAUGAAUGCAUGGAGUGUGGUAAGAGUCUUGCAAGGAGUAAUGCUCUUACUUGCCAUAGAAGGAUCAACACGAGAGAAACCAUAUCAAUAAAGGAAGUGUGAGAAGAGCUUCAAUAGAAAUACAGGAAGGCCUCAGUUUAUAACUGCAAUUGAUCCCAAAAUUUCUGUUGCUAGGCAAGAUAGUUGUUUAGUGAAUUUUACCCCAUUUUACUACUUUUC